AUGUGGGAACCUGUUACUCUCCCGUUUAAGAAUAAUUCCCACUCUCUACCUUUACCUACUACAGAUGAAAUACGAGCAUGCCCCAAUAUUCUAUGGGAAUGCUACUCCUCCAAGGUUGUGGCGGUAAAUGACGAGAUUGCUGUCAAGUUUGGCAGUAUGAUAAACAUCAGCGAAGGCCAGGCGUUGAUCUAUCUUGAACGAUAUGUUCCAGAGGUUCCGGCGCCUCGGUUAUAUGCGAUGUUUUACGAUUCUGUCGACCUUUUCUUGGUAAUGCAGCGCGCACCAGGAGUACAGCUUGAUAAAAUUUGGCCCUCAUUAAUCGAGUCUGAGAAGGAUGAUAUUACCACUAAACUCCGCCAGACGUUUGAUACUCUGCGGCAGGCUGAGUGUCCAUGGCCCGAUUUCUAUGGAAGCUUAAGUGGUGGUAGCGUACAGGAUUACUUAUUCUACAGUCAUGAAGCCGACAAGAGGCACCUUGGGCCUUUUUAUAGCGAAGAUGCCUUCGUUGCUGGCCUUGUGGGGAAUUUUCGAGCCUUAAUUAAACGCGGUAAUCGACCAGACUUCAAAGUUCGCUUCUAUGAAACCUAUCUCGCUCGUGUCCUUCAGGGACACCGGCCAACGUUAACGCACGGAGAUGUUCAGCAGAAGAAUAUUAUAGUUGCAGAGAAUACGAGCAGCCUCCAAAAUAACCAAGGUGGACGAUUGUUUGAUAUUGUACUUGUGGACUGGGCAAAUUCAGGCUGGUAUCCUGACUUUUGGGAAUUUUUUCGUGCAGCUUCCCCGAUCAAUUUUGAAUACUGGGAAGAUGACUGGUGCUGGCGAGCGCAAGAGAUUCUUCAAGUGUGGCCUGCUGAAUUGGCCAUAAUGCGUAUGAUCGAUAAGGAUUAUCGGGGUUAUUAG